UCCUCUCUCUCUCUCUCUCUCUCUCUCUCCUCACCGCUGCUGACGUCCUCUCCUCCUCUCCUCCCUCUUUCUCUUGUCACUGUGCUGUUUUGUCGGGAGGUCGGAGGAAAGGGGGGGUUCCCGUUUUCUUUCUUUUUCGUCGCAGAAUUACCGGAGAGAACAUAAUAUCUCCGUGUAUCCGCCGCCGCUGCUGCUGCUCAUCUUCAUCCCCAUCUUCAUCUUCAUCCGGGCGACUAAAAGCAGCCGUUGGAACCCAAACCGCCCGACUGAGAGGCGUUAAAGGGCGGAGAGGAAAACCCGGAGACUGAGAGGAGGAGGCUGAGCACAUCCGAUCCGCUGCUUUCUUUCUUCCAAUUCAACCGCAAUUCUUCUCCGGUUGUCUUGUAAUGUGCUCUCAGACGGUUCCCGGUUGUGUUUCCGUGACUAUUCCUCCGUGGGAGCCGUCGUUUUGACGCUUAAACCAGCCUGUUUUUCUCCUCUCAGCUCGGUGGUCUAACGGCUGUUUAUUAAACCUCAUCUGGGUCCCUUUCUAACGGUUAACCGUUGGUGACCACCGGGAUUGUUUAAUAUAACAAACCGCCGAAAUGGUACGAUAGAGUCCAGGAAAGCGAGAAGCUAACUGACUGUCUGUGGUUCUGCUCAGUCUGGUUCUGUGUUGGUACCAACAACACCAGACAGACAUGAGCUGGAUGCAUCUUUACACAUCAGUUUAACUGUCUUGUGCUGCCUUCAGGGACUGUGACAAUGAGGAUUGUAUGUGGUUUUUUUUAAACUCAAUCUGAACACAAACCUUUAUUUAUUAUUAUAAAUAUUAUUAUUAUUAAUAAUAAUAAUAAUAAUCUCCUGGACGACGAAGAUGUCUUUACGCACAGCACUGCCUGGGAAUGAGAGGAACCCAGAUCAUCAUACCUCCCUGUCGGCCAGCCGCUCAGAGAAGGGUACCGGCUGGUCGAGCCGUUCGCUCGGUGCCCGAUGUCGCAAUUCCAUCGCCUUGUGUUCAGAUGAGCAGCCGCACAUCGGGAACUACCGGCUGCUCAAAACCAUCGGCAAGGGCAACUUUGCCAAGGUCAAACUGGCACGACACAUAUUGACCGGCAGAGAGGUUGCAAUAAAGAUCAUCGAUAAAACACAACUCAACCCAACCAGCCUACAGAAGCUGUUUCGAGAGGUACGCAUCAUGAAAACUCUCAACCAUCCCAACAUAGUGCAGUUGUUUGAGGUGAUCGAGACUGAGAAGACUCUUUACCUGAUUAUGGAGUACGCCAGCGGAGGCGAAGUGUUCGACUACCUCGUGGCUCAUGGCAGAAUGAAGGAGAAAGAGGCCAGAGCAAAGUUCAGACAGAUUGUGUCGGCGGUGCACUACUGUCAUCUGAAGAAAAUCGUUCACAGAGACUUGAAGGCGGAGAACUUGCUACUAGACGCCGACUCCAACAUCAAAAUAGCCGACUUUGGCUUCAGCAACGAGUUCACUGCGGGCAGUAAACUGGACACGUUCUGCGGCUCGCCGCCCUACGCCGCCCCAGAGCUCUUCCAGGGGAAGAAGUACGACGGCCCUGAGGUGGACAUCUGGAGCCUGGGUGUCAUCCUGUACACAUUGGUCAGCGGGUCCUUGCCCUUUGACGGACAGAACCUAAAGGAGCUGCGUGAGCGUGUUUUGAGGGGGAAAUAUCGCGUGCCCUUCUACAUGUCGACAGACUGCGAGGGAAUCCUGCGCCGCUUCCUGGUCCUCAACCCAACCAAACGCUGCUCGCUGGAGCAAAUAAUGAAAGAUAAGUGGAUUAAUAUCGGCUAUGAUGGCGAGGAUCUGCAGCCCCACACAGAGCCUGUUGAGGACUUUAACAAUACCAGCCGUAUUGAGGUGAUGGUUGGGAUGGGCUUCACCAGAGAUGAGAUCAGAGAUUCGCUGAAUAGUCAGAAGUACAAUGAGGUCACCGCCACGUACCUGCUGCUGGGACGCAAGAAUGAGACGGAAGGCACCGUGACUCGGUCGGGCAGCAGUCUGAGUCUGGCUCGAGUCCGAACCAGCGCCAUCACCAACGGAACCAGCAAACACACCGCCUCCUCCUCCUCCUCCUCCUCUGCUGCACCUUCUUCCUCCUCCUCUGGCCACAAGGCGCAGCGCAGCGCCUCCACUUACCACCGCCAGAGACGGCACUCCGACUUCUGUGGUCCGGCGGUUCCAGGUACGACGAACCCCAAGCGGAGUCCCAGCGGUGUGGGCGAAGCGGCGGGGCUUAAGGAGGAGCGUCUGUCAAGCCGCAAGCCGAGCACCAGUACCGUCGGCUCCCGUAGCAUCCCGACUCCCUCCAGCCCCAUGGUCAGCUCCGCCCACAACCCCAACAAGGCAGAGAUACCCGACCGGCGCAAGGAAGUCAACACAACCACGAAUAACAUCCCUGCCAGUGCCAUGACUCGAAGAAACACGUAUGUGUGUACAGACCGGUCCAGCUCUGAUAGACAAACACUGCUGCAAAACGGCAAGGAAAACAGCUCCUUAUCCCAUCGCCUGCCUCCCGCCUCCCCGUCAACCCACAGCAUCGCUGGUGCCUCCGGGGCCUCCUCCUCGUCCUCCACGCCCUCCUCCCGCCUCUCCAGGGGAUCCACGGUGAGGAGCACUUUCCACGGAGGGCAGAUUAGAGACCGUCGUCCUCCCUCCCAUGCUCCCCCAGCCUCCCCGACGCCGUCCCACGAUGCCAGCCCGCUGCCCCACGCCCGGACCCGGACCACGACCAACCUGCUGAGCAAGCUCACCUCCAAGUUGACCCGCAGGGUCACAGACGAACCUGAGAGAAUCAGCAGAUCUCCGGUCACAAGUCGCCAUCUAUCUGGGCAUCAGAAAGCGGCCGAGCCCCGGACCCCCCGAUGCGGCUGGGAUGUGAGGGUGCGGAGCCCCCGCGACCCGGCCGAGGUGGUGCUCGCGCUGCGUGAGGCGGCGCAGGGCUGCGGCUGCCAGGUCCACCUGGCCGGGCCUUUCCUCCUGUCCUGCACCCACGGAGCAGCCGGCGCCCGCGUGGCCUUCGAGGCCGAGGUCUGCCAGCUGCCCAGCGGGCUGGGCCAGAGCAGCGGUGUGAGGUUCAAGCGCCUGUGGGGGGCACCGUUAGCCUUUAGGGACAUCGCCACCAAAGUGUCCAAGGAGCUGGAGCUCUGAGGGCGACAGGAGGCGGGGCAGAUUGAUAAACAGACAGGACAGGUCGAGGAUGAGGAGGAACAACGAGGAAGAAACCAUCGCCUCCUCCUCUUCCUCCCUGGGCUCCACCUCAUCUGAUGCGGCUAGCGAUGCCUCGCCUCCACCAAAGACCCUCUUCUCCCGAUGCCGCCAAUCACAGCCAGACAAACGGAUGCACAGACACGGAUAGACCGCCAUCGGCAGAUUUCUGAUGACCCUUGACCUUGGAGCUGUCAGUGACCUACGACCCCUGCUUGAAACACACCACCACCACCACCACCUCCAUACUAUGUGAGCCCAUGGAGUUUAUUUUUUUCUUCACGAUUUCAUGUUUGAUGAUAAGGAUGGUGUUGCUGAGAGUGACGGAGAUUGAUAAUUUGUUGUUGUUGACAUUGUUAUUCCUAUUGUAUCAUAUGUGUUGUCAUCAUUCCUUUUUAAAGAGCUGCUAUUUAAAGAAAUGUUUUAAUUUUUUUGUGUAUUAAGUUUAUUUUCUUUCUUUAAUGCUUUUUAAAAAUGGGCAGAAGUUUGACAUCUGUUGUCAUCCUCGGAAGUCACAUAUUUUCAGAAGUGAGGUCGCAGUCUGACCUCCGACCUCUAGAGGGAGACAUGCAGAAAAGCAGAGACUUGUGACGACUGAAUGAAGCAUCGCGGCCUUUCUGCCCAUCCAUUGAUAACGCCCAUUCACUGCUCAGCUGUUGGUUCUACUGUGUGUUGAUAGCUGGCAGGUGAGCUGCUCACAGAGGAGUAAAGCUGCCUAAUAAUACCGGACCCAGCUGAUAUGUUUUACUUGAUAACCUGAUAAUUUGAGCUUAAACAUAAACUCUACGUUGGCCCCAUGCUACCUUUUAUUAACAAGCAAAAGUGCAAAGUAGAACAUUUUAUUUAAAUUUUUACUGGAGUACGCAGGAAAAAAAGAGACAUUAUUUUCCACUCAGCAGGUUUCGUCUAUUUAGAUUAUAAAAGCAGGCUUUGUCAGCCAAUCAGAAUGCAUUAUUCUGACACCAAUACGUGCAGAUUUGUACUAUUAGUUCAAUUAGAUAAAGUCAGUUUAACAUUUAACUAAACUAAUUUUUUUACCCCAUAACAAAAUGAAGCACCUAUCGUAUGCUUUCACUGAGUGUCCCGACAACUAAUACGAUUAAAUCUGUGCCACAAAUUGUUAAAAAUAUUUUUUAAAAAACUGGACAAAUGACCGUUGUGUUGAUUAUUAAUCAAAUAGCAUGGCUUUUUUUUUGUCUGGUCCCAGUUUUUAUCUAAUGUGAUGGAAAUUGAACUCAAUAUGAUACAAAAAAAUACAAAUUCUCACUCCUUUUCCUGCGAGGCCGCUGCAGACAUUGAUUAAAACACGAUCCAACAUGAAGCUAAAAAGCCGUUACUUUAGAGAAUUUUUUUUUAGAUGACCUUCAAGCUUUUGUAUAAUUUGAUCUCUUAUUCCAAAAACAAGUUUCCCUCACAAGAUUACAGUAGCUCAAACUGGUUUAGAGGAAAUGGAAGAGAUGCAGGUUUUACUGGUAGCACUUAACAAUAUCACAGUCUGUCGGAACGCCAUCGCCAUCGCCAUCGCUAUUCCUCAAAUGUAGUGCAAUACAGCCACAAAGCCAAGAAACUAGACUUGAAUAAGCAUCGACUCAAUAGGGCGCCUUGUUUUGAUUUAUUUUUUUAAUUUUUGAUAUGUUUUUAAAAUUCAUUGAGCACUUUUUUUUUUUUUGCUUUGUAGCCAGGAUUGCAUUGUUCUGUACUGGCAGACCUUUUUAAUUCAUCUGUAUUUUUCUUUUGUAAAUUGUUAUAAAUCCCACUGUCUCACUCAUUUAGAGCCCACUGAAGGGAAUAAUUGACAUUCUGAAUGCCCUUUUUUCCUUUACUUAUAUGCACCUCUUGGUAUUAUUCACUUCUCCUCUGUGAAACCUGCUGGAGUGAUGGCUUCAAGUGUUCAGGUAGAGGUGCCAUUUUGGUUUCAGUGGUGCCACGAAGUCAUAUUAAAGUUACUACAAGGAACAUUUAACUGGCUAUGAAACAGACUCAGUUUAAUACUGAUGCUUCUAUAUGACCUUCAUAAGCAAACGAGACCAUCAGCAACAAGAUUGGCUAUUGUAGUGAUGGUGGAUAUUCUUAAUGCCUGUCACCGGGUCCGAUUCCCCGCAACAUCAGAUGAAACGAUUUACGUCACGCAAGUUCACCAGAAACUCCCUCAGCUCCUCCGGCCGCCUCGGAGAGCUCCUUGUCCGGCAGCAGCUGCUUGUUUGUGACUGCAGGACCUGGAGCUCACCGCCCGCUUCCUGGGAGCGAACAUCAAAACCACGCUGCUGGAAGCCCAGGCUGUAUUGUAGCAGACUGUCAGACCCUGCUGCAGUAAAAUUCAAGUUUUUUUAAAGGGAGUCUGGCAGCUGCACAUCUUUUCGACUUAAGAAAGUGGCGGUUAUGGAAACACUAUUGCUUUUGUCCACAGGGGCCGCCAAAAUCAACAAAAUAUAAGUUCCUUGUAGCAGCUUUAAGGAAACUGAGGGAAAGAACGUAUAUUGCCAAGAAGUGAAAGUCAAUUGUUCGUUCCAUUGCAUCAUCAGCGAAGCGACGCUUCCACCAUUUUGGACUGAAAACGCCUACCAGACGCUAUUAAAACGCCCGCCUAAAAAGUGGCGCACAAGAGUAAAACAAAUUUAUUUCUAUUCUAUUGUCAUAUUCUACCUAAAUGGCCUGUGUUGAAUAAUAAAAUAUUAUAAAUAUAAUAAGCGUUCAGUCCAAAACGGC